AUGAUUGAAGAAACUCGAAAAAAAACUUUUUUAGGAUUUGAUUUUAGUACACAAAGGUUAAAAGCUGUGGUCAUUGGUGAAGAUUAUGUUGUUAAGCAAGAAGCAGAUGUGGAAUUUGAUAAUGAAUUGCCCGAAUUCAGGACAUUUGGUGGGGUGGUGCGUGGAGAACGUGGUGAGGUGACAGCACCACCACUAUUGUGGGUAAAGGCUCUUGACAUGGUCAUGGACAAACUAAUUGUCGCUGGUGUUGAUUUUGCCACCAUUGAAGCACUUUCUGGUGCUGCACAGCAACAUGGUUCAGUCUGGUGGGCAAAGGGCUCGGAGUCAAGGCUUGGUAACCUAUCGCCUGAUGAAUUCCUUCACACUCAGUUAGCGAUGGGUUUUGUUACGGACUCACCAGUCUGGAUGGACUCAAGCACAAGUGCAGACUGCAGGGCACUUGAGGAAGCUGUUGGAGGACCAGAGGAGCUAGCCAAGAUCACAGGUUCCAGAGCAUAUGAACGCUUCACGGGUCCACAAAUCCGGAAGAUGUUUCGCACCAAGCCGAGGGCUUACCAGGCCACUGAAAGGAUAUCACUUGUCUCAUCCUUUGCUUGCUCGUUGUUCCUUGGUCGAAUUGCACCUAUUGAUCUUUCUGAUGGGUCUGGAAUGAAUCUCCUUAACAUACAUACCAAGAAGUGGUGUGAAGAGGCUUUAAAGGCGUGCGGUGAUGAGACCUUGGAAAGUAAACUGGGAACUCCGGUGGCUACUUCCACAAUAUUAGGCAAUAUAUCCCCAUACUUUGUGCAGCGGUAUGGGUUUAAAUCGGACUGCAAGGUUGUCGCGUUCACUGGCGAUAACUGCUCGGCGUUAGCUGCUCUCCGUCUUCGAUCGGGAUGGGUGGGGCUUAGCUUGGGGACUAGUGACACUCUUCUUUUGGGUCUCUCUGCUCCAGCGGCUCCUCCUGCAGGCCAUAUUCUAGUUGGCCCAACUGCAGAAGCACCUUACAUGGCUCUUUUGUGCUUCGCUAAUGGCUCCUUAACAAGACGGAAUCACAGAGACCGUCUUGUUGGAACGAGUUGGGAUGCAUUCGGUGAGCUGCUACGGGCCACAGUCAGGGGAAAUAUGGGGUAUAUGGGUAUUUACUUCGACACGGCGGAGAUAGUCCCCCGGGCUGGUGCCGGUCAGUGGGUGGAGGACGGGUCCGGGCGAAAGGCAGAACGCCCAGCACCCCAGUUCGAAGCCCGCGCCCUGCUGGAAGGACAAGCGCUCGCCAGGAGAGCCCACGCUGAAGACAUGCACUUCGCACUCGACUCUUCGUCUCGACUGAUCGCCACCGGCGGUGCGUCGGUGAAUAAAGAACUGUUGCAGAUCUUCGCUGACGUCUUCAACGCGCCAGUCUAUGUGCAAGAACAACACGCCAAUGCAGCGUUACUCGGUGCUGCGAUUCGUGCAGCCGAAGUAUGGAGUUCCCUAGCCGAAGUCAAAUUGUUGGGUUCAGAGCCAACCCUAACACCAGUAGCCACUCCGUAUCCAGACAGCGAAAAAAUUUACACUCCAAUGUUGGCACGUUACCGCCAAAUGAUCGAGAACAUUCCUAAACUAUAG